GUCAGACUCAGCCGAGCACUGUAAUGCUAGUGCUUCACUGGCGAGGAGCACACUGACAUACGGGCUGGCUUGCUCGCUUCCAGUGCUUCAAACAUGGAUCAAGACAACAUCUCAGAGGAUGAGUCAGUCGGCCCAUCGGAGGACCCAUCAGAAGAGGAACUGCCUUGUCUGCCUCCAGGGCUCUCGGACGGUGAAGCAACGGAGCUGCUUUGGCAGUUGCGAUCCCAACGCCGCCAGUCGUCCCCUGAGCUCCCAGAGACGGUGUCCCGUCUCACUGCCCCUGAUGGCAGCCUCCUAUACCUGGUGGGCACUGCCCACUUCAGUGACAGCAGCAAAGAGGAUGUUGCCAUGACGAUCCGUGCUGUGCAGCCAGAUGUUGUGGUGGUGGAGCUGUGCCAGUACAGGGUGUCUAUGCUAAAGAUGGACGAGAUUACACUGCUGAGGGAAGCCAAAGACAUCAACCUGGAUAAGGUUCAGCAGGCCAUUAAACAGAAUGGGCUGAUGUCUGGCCUCAUGCAGAUUCUACUGCUCAAAGUUUCAGCUCACAUCACAGAGCAACUGGGCAUGGCUCCUGGAGGAGAGUUUAGGGAGGCCUUCAAAGAGGCUGGAAAAGUGCCGUUCUGUAAAUUUCACCUUGGGGACAGGCCGAUCCCCGUGACGUUCAAGCGGGCCAUUGCAGCUCUCAGUCUGUGGCAGAAGGCUCGUCUGGCGUGGGGCCUUUGCUUUCUCUCAGAUCCAAUCAGCAAAGAAGACGUAGAGAAGUGCAAACAGAAGGACCUGCUGGAACAGACCAUGUCGGAGAUGAUAGGCGAGUUUCCCGCUCUCCACCAGACCAUCGUGGCCGAAAGAGACAUCUACCUCACGCACACACUCCGUCAGGCUACGCGCUGUGUGGAGGCCCCCAGCAAUGCCCAGAAAGUGCCUGCAGUGGUGGUGGGAGUUGUCGGGAUGGGUCACGUCCCUGGCAUAGAAAGAAACUGGGAGAAGCAGCUCAACAUAAAUGAAAUCAUGAGUGUUGCACCUCCCUCACGUUUUGGCUGGGUGUUGCGCACGGUCAUAAAGGGUGUGAUGGUGGGAGUGCUGGGAUAUGCCUGCUACCGUGCUGGAGGGAGUUUGGGUAGAGCCCUCCUACCCACAGUCCAAUCUUUACUGGAGACUCUGAAGCCACCCUCUGCUCUCAGCCAACAGUGACACAACCUCUGAUCUAUUGAAACGAUGCAUUUUUCACCACUAGCCUUAAAAACAGGAGAUGAGGCUGGAGAAAAGGUUUCACCAGCCCACACUAUGAACUAACAAGGAUUUCAGGGGGUCAACAGCCCCCCCACCUUGCAUUGAUGUCCCUGUAGACGCAGCAGGGCCAUACUGCCAAAGGAACCAUGACGGUACUCUUAUUCCAGAUUUUUUGCAAAUCCUGCAUUUUGUAAGGUUUUUCGUUUGAAUAUAUUUACAAUUCCCCCACCUUACAUUUUAAAAUGGUUUAAUUUUUAUUUGACAAGUAUCAUCAGAAUCAUCAUCAGAGACAUUUUCCAAAUGGGCACACUUUUCUAACGCUCUCUCUUUAGUGCUUCUUCCUUUUGGGUGCCUGCCAACGUUUUUGGUAAUUGGCCCAUUUCAAGUCCAGCACUUUAUAAGAGAGUCUUGUACUGUACAUGCAGCCUAUGGUACAAUAAGUACUGUAUCAAGCCAGUCACAAUACUUGCAAAUACAAUUAAGGAACAAUCUCGGUGAAUAGUGACCCACAUGGUGUCAGAUAAAUGUCAAAAAAUAAAAAUUCGAGGUCUGAUUAUAUUCUUAUUUCUGGAAAAAUCUACUAUUUGAAAUGCACAUUCUUCAAAGCUUAAGUAAGACAAAAGUAUGUCCCAUGUGCACGGUCCUGUCCACAUCAACAGACAAGUGCCUCACGUUGCAGCUGUAAGGGCUAAUGGUGAACUAAAUGGACUGGCUAAAAUACGUAUAUAUGCAUUUUACACAUACAACAACCAAAUGGUCAAUGCAAUUUUCUAAUAUUCCGUCUUUAUAUUUUUAAACGAUGGACUUUUUUUUUUUAUAAAUACUGUUGCCCUUAAAAUAGCUCAUCUACUUUGUGUUGGCUUCAGUUGAAAUGACGCCAUAGCCCCUUCAUUUUAUGAUCAUUCAUACCCUCAACAGAGACCUGAUGCGGGACAGGCUGAAGUGUGCCUCAGGACGAGCAAUGCAUUCGUCCUGUAAUUUGUAUAUUUGAUUGUACCUCCAGUAUAAAGAACCCUCGCGUACUGGCUUGAACUGGCUCCAUCUGUGAGUAAAUUGUUCAUACUUGAACCAAAAAUAUGCAUUUGUACAGAAAGACAUCUCUUAAAAACCUCCACAUGAGAACAUCUGUAAUUCAGCGCACCAGCUGUUUGUACUUUUAUGAUAUAUGCAUUAACACUUGCCGGUUGGACCCCUGAAAGGGAUAGAGAUGAAAGAAAUGAAAUUUGGUUCGUUUCCUUCUGAUUGGGUAUAGAACUUGGCCAUAAUGAUUUAACAGUGGAACUUUGUUAUGGACUUGUUUUGACUACCAUGAAAGAAACAGAAAGUUUAGGUUGGUCAGAGUUGGGAGGUAAAGCCUUACACUGCUAUCACUGCUGCCUUUAACCCUCAGAUUACCUGCAUUCAUAGUGCAGAGCUUCUUAUUACACAUCUAAAACAUUUAAAAGAGACAUCCCUUGCGCUUUGUUAUGUGGAAGAUGACCCAAUAAAAGAAACAGUCUGAACAAGGCAUUAGCAAGGUUGCAAGGGCAUGAACCAAAAUCAUUUUCCAAGUAUUCCUAUUCUUAAUUUUAAGUGAGUUUGUGUACAGUACUAUGAUUAUUAAGAUGUAUUUAUAAGCCAGAUGACAGGAGAUCAUUAGCUGUCUUUAGUUUGUGAAAUGUUUCAAUGUACUCAUAUGGGAACAGUGCCACACAUAAUUAAGUCAUCCACACAUUAAAACUUACUCGGAUAAACUGUCUUCCAAUUGAUAAAUCAGUUUAUCUUGCUUAAGAGAUUAGGAUAUUGGGAACAGCUGUAGUCAUGACUCUCAGUCCCUCGGCCGUAUAAUACAUUCAAACUUCAACAUUAUGUGUCUGUCUUCUUACCCCCCCCCCACAUGUGUCCAAAGGUUUUUUCUAAUGUAUGUUGGAGAAUUGCCAAGAGAAAACUGUAUGAAUGCCUGUCUUUACUGCAGGAUUUGUUACCUUAUUUCCUUGUGUGGUAUUGUCAUUGUUACCUAAACAAAUGUUGAAUAUUAACUUCUGUAAUGAAUUAUGAAACAAUUUUAAGUAAAGAUAAAGUCUAUUU